CCCUCGCUGCCGUGUGGGAAAGGGCGCGCCCGCGGAGUCCCCGCACCGCCUCCCCUCGCUCCGCCGCAGCGGCCGCCCCGCCUGGUGCCCGCGUCUCAGGCCCAUCUAUUAUUUGGCUGAAAGAUGACCUCCAGGAGUGGCUUCAAUUCCAGAUUAAAAGAACAAUAGUCUCGUGCGUCCUCCAGUUUCUAUCAGUAGGAUCUGAUUCCUGUCUUGCUCACCUUGCUUCACUCCAGGGCAGCUUAGUUGAAGGAAGGAGAUCCUAAAUAUACCAAGAUUAUCUAUGGAGUCAUGAAAACAGAAACCAUGACUGGAGGAUCUCAAGUCCACAUUUUUUGGGGUGCUCCAGUUCUUCCACUGAAAACAACAGUAUCACAGGAACCGACUUCUUCCAUACCUGCUGCUGACCCCUGGAAAAAAGUUCAGCUUUUAUACAAUCAACAUUCUUUACAUCUGAAGGAUGAAAAAUGCAAGCACAAAAACCUUGAAAACUAUCAAGUCUUAGACAGUAUUGGGCCCCCUGGUCUUAAUAGUCUUUGUUUACUGAACUCUAGGAAAAGUUCAGUUCCUUUGAAAGAUGACUUUAUAUGUUGUAUUUCUGAGACACAGAAUAUAAAAUCCCAGAAGAGUUCCCCCUCAGGGAUGAGUGGUGUAACAGACUCUAGCAUGCAAAUAUGUGGACUUAAGAGCAGAGUUCAACAUUUAACUGGAAAAGAAAAGUAUCAAAAGCUUGUCACUGAAAAUAAGAAAAUCACAGAUGAACAGCAUAAAGAUCAGUCAAAUAUCUGUGUCCCAGAUUUAACAAAAACAACCUCACAGUUAGAUCCUAAGUGUGCAGCUCUGUUAGAUUUGGUCUGUAGUACCAAACAGAUUAAUAUAGGGCCAGAACCUGUAGAAACAACUUAUGUGCCAAGAGCACAUCAUGAAACGCAAAGCCAGCGUGUGGAAUUCUUGCCUUCUAAAACGGUAGACAAGCCAAGGCCUGAAGAAGCAGUUACGAAGGCCUCAAACCUUAACGUAUCCACUGAUACUGAAUUUCUCAGUGUAAUGACCUCCAGCCAGGUUGCUUUUUUAGCCCAGAGGAAGUAUAAAGGGCAGAAUUCUCUAAAUAAAGGGACCGUAAACAUGAAGGUUGGCCCAAAGGCAAGUCACGAGGAAAUAAGAGUAAUAGAAGAUAAUCUGAUUCAUCGUAGUGAUGAUUUUGCAGAAGGAUUUAAAAGUGGACAAAGCCAAGCCUAUUCCCUUGAACUUUUUAGUCCUGUUGGUCCUGAAACAAAAAGUAGCCACAUUGUCAUAGACUCUGAAACAGAUCUUGAAGAAAAUAUAGGAUCUCAAGAACUUUUCAGUCCUGAUGUAAAACUGCCACCAAAUGAGAUCUGUAUCGAGUCAUGUAGCUCAGGAAUACUGUGCUCCCAACUCAAUACCUUUCAUAAAAGUUCUGUUAAAAGAAGUUGGAUAUCUGAACAUAAAGCAGGCCAUUCUAAAGCCCCAUCUAAAACCUCCCAAGUAUCUAAGAAAUCUAAGUUGCUUUCUAAUGCAGGAGAUCUUGCUGUAACACUGGACCAGAGGAACGUGUCUGAAUUUAAGUAUAUUAAAAAAACAUCAUUAAUAAAAAAUUGUGAUUGUAAAAGUCAGAAAUAUAAUUGCUUAGUCGUGGUGUUAUCUCCGUGUCACGUGAAAGAAGUGAACAUAAAAUCAGGACCACAUUCUGGCUCUACGGUACCUUUAGCAGCGCUCGAAGUCAUCGACCAAACAGAAAUUAAGAAGAAGGUCUUUAUGUGGCGAACUGCAGCAUUUUGGGCACUUACCGUGUUCCCUGGAGAUAUAAUUUUGCUUACAGAUGUUACUAUUCAUGAGAAUCAGUGGGUUGGUGAGACAGUGCUACAAUCAACAUUUACCAGUCAGUUAUUAAAUCUUGGAAGCUACUCAUCUGUCCGGCCUGAAGAAUAUUCCAGUAUAGUUAGUGCUGUUGUACUUCAGGACUUAUUGGCAUAUGUUUCUUCAAAACAUCCUUGUCUCAGAGAUCUUCCUCAGAGGCAGCCUCAGAAAGUCAAAAGGAUUGAGUUUGUAGAACUGAAGCACCUUCAGCCUGAAAUAUUAGUCCAUGCAGUACUAAGAGUUGUUGAUAUCACUAUACUGACAGAAGCAUUAUACAAUUAUAGAGGACAGAAGCAAAGGAAAGUUGUGUUAACGGUGGAACAGACUCAAGGUCAACAUUAUGUACUUGUUUUAUGGGGUGCUGGAGCAGCCUGGUACCCUCAAAUUCAAAGGAAAAAAGAUUAUAUCUGGGAAUUUAAAUAUCUUUUUGUCCAGCGAAAUUGCAUAGUAGAAAACCUAGAAUUGCACACAACACCGUGGUCAUCCUGUGAGUGCCUGUUUGAUGAUGAUGUGCGGGCAAUUAAAUUUAAAGCGGAAUUUCAAACAAGUACACCAUCCUUCGUGGAGGUGUCAGAUUUGGCAACAUACCUAGAGGAUAAGUGUUCAGGAGUGGUUCUAAUCAAAGCCCAGAUUUUAGAGCUGGUGUUUCCUAUUAUAGUGGCCCAGAAGAGGCAGAUAACCCUAAACGCGCAUAGUUCUCUGAAGAGUAUUUUCUCUUCUCUUCCCAACAUUAUAUAUACUGGCUGUGCAAAAUGUGGAUUGGAACUAGAAACUGAUGACAACAAGAUCUUCAAACAGUGUUUCAGCUGCUUGCCAUCUGCUAUGAAGAAAAUAUACUAUAGGAAACCUGAGUUUCUGCUCACGUGGGCCGGUCAUCCUGAAACCAAAAUUGGAAGUCAGUACCUCCUGGUCUAGAAUCACUUGGACCUCCUCCAAGCCACUGUUACCUGAUGGUCAAACUAUUGCAGUGGUAGUCUCUUAGUUGGUCUCCUUCUACCUUUGCCUUCUGUAGUCCAUUCUCCACACAACUAACGGAAUAGUCACUCCUUGCGUAAAAACAAUUCACCGUUUCCAGUUACACCUGCUGCCUCUGCGGUUUCAUCUGCCGCUCGCUGUGCCCCAGCCGCACUGGACUUUGUUCUGUUCUUCAGCACUCCAAAGUUUUUUCUCCUCAAGUCUUUCUCACGUGCUCUUCCCGCUGCCUGACACCACAAGUCUGGCUCCUUCAUGUUUUAGUUUAAAUGCCAGCCAUCCCUUCCCUAAUCACCUCCUUUAUUUUCUGUCAUAAUAUCCUGUUUCCUCUCUAUGUACUUACUGCAAUUUGUAGUUGUUUAGUUGCUUGUCUUUUUUUUUUUUAAUCUUUCUUGAGAUAUAAUUAAUAUACCAUAAAAUUCACCAAUGUAAAAUGUACAAUUCAAUGGCUUUAGUAUAUUCAGAGUUGUGCAGCCAUCAUCACAAUCUAAUUUUAGAACAUUUCCAUUCCUCCCAAAAGAAACCUGUACCCAUUAGCAAUCAUUCCCCAUGCCCCAUCCCCCAGCUCCCCAGCCUCUGGCAACCACUCAUCUACUUUCUGCCUCUAUAGAUUUACCUGUUCUGGACAUUUCGUCUAAAUGGACUCAUAUAAUACAUGGCACUUUAUAUCUGGCUUUUUUCACUGAGCAUAAUGUUUGUAGGGUCCAUCCAUGUUGUAGCAUGUAUCAGUACUUCAUGUCUUCUUGUUGUUCAGUAAUAUCCCGUUGUGUGUGUAUAUCUCAUUUUAUUUAUUUAUUCUUCAGUUGGUGGACGCUGGGGUUGUUACCACUUUUUAGCUAUUUUAAAUAAUGCUGCUAUGAGCAGUCGGGUACAUGUUUUCAUUUUUCCUGGACAUGUAUCUAGGAGAGGAAUUGUUGGGUCACGUGUAACUGUAUGUGUGACCUUUUGAGGUACCGCACUGUUUUAGAUUUUCACAGAAGUGUAUGGUGUUCUAAUUUUUCCAUACCCUCACCAACACCUGUUACUAUCCGAUUUUUCUAUUAUAGCCAUACUAGUAGGUGUGAAGAGACCCUGGUGGCAUAGUGGUUAAGUGCUAUGGCUGCUAACCAAAAGGUUGGCAGUUUGAAUCCACCAGGCGCUCCUUGGAGACUCCAUGGGGCAGUUCUGCUCUGUCCUGUAGGGUCACUAUGAGGCGGAAUCGACUUGACGGCACUGGGUAUACCAGAGUAAUAGGUGUGAAGUGGUAUCUUAUUGUGGUAUUGAUUUACAUUUCCGUUUGCCUGUUUUUUAAUUGGGUUAUUAUUAUUUUUCAGUUGUAAGAUUUUUUUUUUUUGUACAUUCUGGAUACAAAUGGAGCCCUGGUGGUGCAGUAGUUUAAGAGCUCAGCUGCUAACCAAAAGGUUGGCAGUUCAAAUCCACCCAGCCACUCCUUGGGAACCCUAUGGGGCAGUUCUGCUCUGUCCUGUUAGGUUGCUCUGAGUUGGAAUCAGCUCAAGGGCAGCAGUUUUGGCUUUUUAUUUGGAUACAAAUAUUUUCUCCCAUUCUGUGGGUUAUCUUUUUACUUUCUGUAUGGUAUCAUUUGUAGCUCACACAUUUUUUAUUUUAAUGUAGUUUAGUUCAUCUAUUUUUCCUUUUGUCUCUUGUGCUUUUGGUGUCAUAUCUCAGAAACCAUUGCCUAAGCCAAGAUCAUGGAGAUUUGCUCCUAUAUUUUCUUCUAAGAUUUUCAUAGUUUUAGCUCUUACGUUUAGAUCCAUGAUCUAUUUUGAGUUAGUUUUUGUAUGUGGUCUGAGGUAUGGGUCUAGCUUCAUUCUUUUGCUUGUGGAGAUCCAGUUGUCCCAGGACCAUUUGUUGAAAGGACUAUUUUUCUGCCAUUAAAUUGCCUUGGCAUCUUUCCUGAAAAGCUCAUUUUUUAUCUGUCACACUAAGCUCUUCAUUUCCUUGAGGGAAGAAACCAGAUCUGACUUGUUCACAAAUGUCCAUCCUGUGCUUAGCACAGUGUGUGGUACAUAGUAGAUACUCAAUAUAUAUUUGUUGAAAGGAGGGAGAAUGAUAGCCUGGAGAAACAGCAUACAGUGAAAAGAGAAAAGGACUUAGAAUCAUCAGGUGAGUAAGGGGAGGUGCGGGUUUUUAGGGGGGAAAUCAGUAGUCAUGUGUUAGACCUGUCACACUAAAUUUCCCUGCAUCUAUUUCUGAAUUUUGUACUCAAUUUACUUUUUAAAAAGUUGAUGUAGGUAAUACAUAUCCAUGGUAAAAAUGCAAACAACAGAGGAAGGUAUAAAAAGUAAAAGUCUUUUUUCUCAUCCACUCUGUCUUUAUUGCUGUUUCUGUGAUUGGAAGACAUUUUUUGUAUAUUCUUCUAGUCAUUAUUAGGCUCAUACCAGUAUGUGUAUAUCCCUUUCUUUAAAAAGUACAUAGAUAGAACUCUUACAAAUAAACAACAAAAAGACAAACAACCCAAUUUAAAAAUGGGCAAAGGACUUGAAUAGAUAUUUUGCCAAAGAAGAUAUACACUGGCCAAUAAGCAUGUGAAAAGAUGCUCAUCAUUAGUAAAUAGAGAGAUGCAAAUCAAAGCCACAAUGAGAUACACUUUAUUCCCAUUAGAAUGGCUUAAUAGAAGCUUUGGUGGCACAGUGGUUAAAUGCUCAGCUGCCAACCAAAAGGUCAGCAGUUUGAACCCAUCGUCCACUUCAUGGGAGAAAGAUGUGGCAGUCUGCUUCUGUAAAGAUUACAGCCUUGGAGACCCAGUGGGGGCAGUUCUGCUCUGUCCUGUAGAGUUGCUAUGAGUCAGAAUUGACUCAGCGGCACAGAACAACACGAUGGCUCUUAUAAAAAUAAUGGAAAAUAACAAGUGUUGGCAAGGAUGUGAAGAAAUUGGAGCCAUCAUUCACUGCUGUUAGGAAUAUAAAAUGGUGCAGCUGCUGUUGAAAACAGUUUGGCAAUUCCUCAAAAAGUUAAAAAUAGUAUAACUGUGGAAAAAAAUAACCGUAUGACCUGGCAAUUCCAAUCCUAGGUAUAUACUCAAAAGCUUGAAAGCGGGGACUCAAACAGAUACUUGUACACCAAUAUUCAUUGCAGCAUUGUUCACAAUAGCUGGAAGGUAGAAACCACCCAAGUGUCCAUCAUUUGAUAACCAGGUAAUACAAUGUGAUACAUACAUGCAGUGGAAUAUUAUUCAGCCAUAAAGAGAAAUGAAGUUCUGAUACAUGCUGUGACAUGGAUGAACCUUGAAAAAAUUAUGCUAAGUAAAAUAAGCCAGACACAAAAGGACAAAUACUGUAUGACCCCAAUUGUAUGAAAUAUCUAGGAAAGGCAAAUGCAUAGAGUCAAAAGUGGAUUAGUGGUUACCAGGGGCUGGGAGGAGGGAGGAAUGGGGAGUUAUUGCUUAAUGGAUACUGAGUUUCUGUUUGGGGCGAUGAAGAAGUUUUGAAAAUAGAUAGCAGUGAUAAUUGUGCAACAUUGUGAAUGUAAUUAAUGUCACUGAAUUGUAUACUAAAAAAUGGUUAAAAUACUGAAUUUUAUGUUACAUAUAUUUUACCACAAUAAAACUUUUAAAAUAAGUGCUUAGAAAGAAUAUUAUUCAUAAUAUUUCCCUCAUAUUGUUUAUUUCUUAGAAUAUAUCUUUGGUUUCUGUAAGUCCUAUCCCUAAUAUCACUUAUAAAUCUUCCUCAUUUUUUUAACAGCUACAUUGUAUACCAUUGUACGAUGUUCCAAAAUUUAUUGAUACGCAAAAUGAUUUAUUUCUAAUAGAAAAGAAGCCAGUGGGAAAAAAAAGCUUUAAAUUAUGCUCGCGAUAGGUGAUAUCACCUUUAUUUUUAUUUCUAAUAAUAAUGUACAUAACACUGUAAAAUAAUCUCUUUUCUUAUAUUAGUAUCUGACAUUUUUAAAUGUAUACAGAAUAAAUAAAAUUUGUUAUCAUUGAAAUUCCUUUAAAAAUCCCUUCUCUUAAUUUUAGAACAUCUUAGAGCUGUUUUAAGAAUUAAAAUUAAACCUGCAUAAAAAUCCAUGCUUUUUUUGAUGGGCGUGGCAAGAUGACGGAGUAAGUAGUGGCUCCAACUUAUCCUUCUGCAACUAACCCACUAAACAAUGAAAAAAAAAGAAGCACAGACUGAGAUCUCAGAGCUCCAGAUGGCAGCUAAAGAGUGGUGAAGUGUAUAGGUGAGUCCAGAAACAAGGGAGAGGAAGAAUGAGGUCAGCACAGAAGCUGGAAGAUUCUAGCUGCUGGCAUCUGGAGAACUCAGCUCAUCGCAGCAAUUUUGUGACGAAGAUGUACAACACCCUGAAGAAAGAACAUAACAUGGGAGCUAAACUGAGGAAGGUGUCACCAAUUAGCUGUGGAAGUUUAUGGGCCAUGCACUUGGGAGGGGGUGCAGGGAGGCCAAGGUGCUGUAAGUGAGUAGUAUUGAAUCUUAUUGAGACCCAAAGCCCGUGGUCUCUAGGACCCAGAUAACUGAAGAGCCGCAGGGCCCAUCCUUCAGCCAGGAUGAGAAAAAUACAUAAAACAGCCAACAUGGAGGAAAACAACUCGCUCCCUGUCUGCAACUGGACACUGUGGGAGAGCUUGUACAGGGGUUGCCCAUGAGGAAAGGACAUAAAGUGUUCCCCACCUUCAUCUUGGGAAAGCCAAGCCCCACCACUUCAUCCGCAUCUGUGGCCAGCAGGAAAGUCCCACACAUAAGCAAUUAGCCACAGAGGGAAAGCCCUGUACCAGUUGUACAUAGUGAAGGGAAGGAACCCAGCCUCAGGAAUGCAGUCUGGGCUACAGUCAACCCCAAAGAAGACAGAGGGACACUAACACCAGCAAAGUCAGCCACCUUAGAACCAGCCAGGAUAAGCACUCUGAGACUUAAAACUAUUCAAAAUGCCUAAAAGCUGUGGCAAUAAACUAGAAGCCAAGAAUAACAGAGACAAAGCCUCAGAUUGAACUCCUGAUUCAGUGCUGCAAAAAGCCUAAGGACAAGAGUGCUCACUAGUGGAACUUAAGAUAGUGGAGGUAAAUCUAACAACUGUAAUUCCUGUGAAAAUCAGAAAACUCAGAAUUUCAAAAUAUCAAAAAAGAUAUCAAAAUAUCCCACAUUCAACAAAAAUAAUAAAACACACAAAAUCACAAGAAGGACCAAGUAAAAGAAAAACGUGAAAAGGAACUUUCUCCUGUGGAGACAAGGAUAAUGGAAAAAGCAGAAAACUUCCGGACAAUAGUGUUAAAUAUAUUUAAAGAAAACAGAAAACAAAACUAACAGAGAUCAGGAAGCAAAUUGAGGAAUAAAAUGAGAACCAAGAAAAUUGAAAACAUAAAAAAAAGAAUUACUGGAACUGAAGAAUAUAACUAAUUCAGAAAGUGCAAGAAAAACAUUUAAGAAUAGGGUCAAACAGGAUAGAAUAAGUGAAGUAGAAGAUAGAGUAAUGAUUUAUCAAGUCUCAAGAGUACAAAGAGAAGUGAAAAAAUCCAAAUGGAAAUGUGGGAAUCAAUUAAGAAGUCUAACAUUAGAAUUAUUGGAAUUCCAGAGUACCAUGAUAAUGAUGAAGGUACACAAAGAAUUUUCCAAGAGAUAGUCAUAGAGCAUUUCCUAGAUCUGAAUAGGGAACCAAGCCUGCAAAUACAGGAAUCUACACGAACUCUGGUUAGAAGAAAUACAAAGAGGUUCACUCCACAUCACAUUCUAAUAAAAUUCCUGAAGCCAGACAGGAAAGAAUUCUGAAAGCAGCAAGAAAAAAGCACGAUAUAACAUAUCAAGGGACCUUCAUAAGAAUUUGUGCAGAUUCAUCUCCACAAAUUCUAGAGUCUAGAAGACAACAGAGCAACAUAUGUAAAAUAUUGAACAAAAACAAUUGCCAACCAAAAAUUCUUUGCCCAGAAAAGUUGUCAUUCACAAAUGAGGGAGAAAUCAAGACAUUCCCAAAUAAACAGAAGCUCUGGGAAUACACCACUACCAGACCAGCUCUGCAAGUAUUACUUAAGAUAAUUCUCCAAAUGGAAACUACAGAACAUUAAAUACUCGAAUCUAGACAUGAGAAAUAAAAAUAAGAGCAAUAUCUCCAAAAAACACAGCACCAUGGGAAAAUAAAGGGACCAAGUAGAUGAUGUUUUCAGGGAGUAAACUCAAUAGUUUAGUUCCACAAGCAAUACGGCAUCAAGUGCACAAGAAGUGCAAAUUAAACCUAUUUGAUAUAGUACGUACAAUGAUGUUAAUAGAGACUCACCAGCAAAAAUGAGGGAGGGAGGAGCAAGGCAGUAGUAGAUUUAGUAUAUUAAGUUGUAUGUUACCUGUUUGUAUGUUGUGUCACAUUUGCAAAUUGUGAAAUGUAAUAUGUAUAAUAACUACUAAGAAAUCACCUAGAAAAAAUAUACAGAAGAAAAGGAGGGACAAAUCAAAAAGACUCAUCACAAGAAAGCAGCCAAAAACAAAAGAUAACAACAGCAGCAAAAAAAAAAAUGAGAAUAAAAAAACAAAGAAGAUAUGACAUUCAGAAAAGAAGUAGCAAAAUGAAUUAAGUAGACACUUCAUUUUCAGUAAUAACUCUCCAUGCAAAAGGCAGAGCAUGGCAGAAUGGAUUGGGAAGAAAAAAAUGACCCAUCCUUUUGCUGCCUACAAGAAACACAACUUAGGCAUAAGGACCCCCCAAAAUUGAAAAUAAAACGACAGAAAAAAUAUUCCAUGCAACCAGUAACCAAAAAAGAGCAGGGAUAGGGGAGAUGAGAGGGUAGAGGGGGUUAGAAGCUGGCAAAAUGGACACGAAAAGAGAGCGGAGGGAAGGAGCGGGCUGUCUCAUUAGGGGGAGAGCAACUGGGAGUAUGUAGCAGGAAUAUAUGAGCUUUUGUGUAAGAGACUAACUUGAUUUGUAAACUUUCACCUAAAGCACAAUAAAAAUAAAAAAAAAAGAGCAGGGGUGGCCGUGCUGAUAUCAGAUAAAAUAGACUUUAAGUCAGAAUCUUUUACAAGAGAUAAAGAAGGACAUUACAUAAUAAUAGAAGGGUCAGUCCGUCAAGAAGACAGAACAGUUACAUGUGCACCUAACAUCAGUGCUCCAAAAUAGAUGAAACAAAUACUGACUAAUAUAAGAGGUGAAAUAGAUAGCUCCGCAACACUAGUUGGGAAUUUCAACACGUCACUUUCAGUUCUAGACAGAACAUCUAAAAUGAAGAUCACUAAGGACAUUGACUGCGCAAAGGCAUUUGAUCGUGUGGAUCAUAAAUUAUGGGUAACAUUGUGAAAAAUGGGAAUUCCAGAACACUUCAUCAUGCUCAUGCCAAACCUGUGCAAAAACCAGGAGGCAGUCAUACAAAGAGAGCAAGGGGAUAUUGUGUGACUGAAAAUUAGGAAAGGUGUGUGUCAUGGUUUAUCCUUUCACCAUACUUAUUCAAUCUGUAUGCUGAGCAAAUAAUCUGAGAAACUGGACUGUAUGAAGAAGUACACGGCAUUAGGAUUGGAGGAAGACUCAUUAACAACCUGUGUUAUGUAGGUGACACAACUUUACCUGCAGAAAGUGAGGAGGUCUUGAAACCCUGACUGAUAAAGAUCAAAGACUACAGCCUUCAGUAUGGAUUUCACCCCAGCAUAAAACAAACAUCCUCACAACUGGACCAAUAAACAACAUCAUGAUAAACAGAGAAAACAUUGAAAUUGUCAAAGAUUUCAUUUUACUUGGAUCCGCAAUCAACACUUAUGGAAGCAGCAGUCAAGAAAUCAAAUGAUGUAUUGCAUUGGGCAAAUCUUCUGCAAAAGACCUCUUUAAAGUGUUAAGAAACAAAGAUGUCACUUCGAGGACUAAAGUAUACCUGGCCCAAGCCAUGGUAUUUUUAGCCGUCUCAUGUGUACGUGAAAGCUGGACAAUGAACAAAGAAGACCAAAGAAGAAUUGAAGCCUUUGAAUUAAUGGUGUUGAUGAAGACUGUUGAAUAUGCCAUAGGCUGCCAGAAGACUGAACAAAUCUGUCUUAGAAGAAGUACAGCCAGAAUGCUCCUUAGAAGUGAGCAUGGCAAGACAUUGUCUCAGGUACUUUAGACAUGUUAUCAGGAGGGACCAGUCUUUGGAGAAGGACCUCAUGCUUAGUAGAGAGCGAAAAAGAGAAAGACUCUCCAUAAGAUGGAUUGCAUCUUAUUGAGAGUGGUUGCAACAGUGGGCUCAAGAAUAGCAACAAUUGAGAGGAUAGCACAGGAUCAGACAGUUGUACAUAGAACAGUUCGUUCUGUUGUACACAGGAUCACUAUGAAUCAGAACUGAUUCAAUGGCACCUAAUAACAACAAGGACAUUGAGGACUUGCAUAAAACCAUAAGUCAGUUUGACCUAACAGACAUAUAUAGAACAUUGCACCCAUUGUGCAUUUUUCUCCAAUGCACAUAGAUUAUUAUUCAGAAAAGGCCAUAUGCUAGGGCACAAAACAAGUCCCAACAAUGUUAAAAAGAUUGAAAUAUACAAAGCAUCUUCUUUGAACAUAGCAGUAUCAACAACAGGGAGAAAAUUAUAUGGAAAGUAAAAUACUACUGAAAAACUAUUGGAUCAUAGAAGAAAUCAAAAGUGAAAUUAAAAAAAUACUUGAAUCAAACAAAAAUGAAAACAGAACGUAUCAAAACCUUUGAGACACAGCAAAAGUGGCAGUCAGAGGGAAAUUCAUAGCAAUAAAUGCCUACAUUAAGAAAGAAGAAAGAUCCAAAAUCAAUAACGUAAACCGACAACUAGAACAAAUAGAAAAGGAAGAACAAAAGAAGCCCAAAGCUACCAGAAGAAAGGAAAUAAAAAAGAUCGGAGCAGAAAUAAAUAGAAAAACAGUGUAAAGAAUCAACAAAACAAAGAUGUGGUUCUUUGAAAGGGUUAAUAAAAUAGACAAACCACUGGCUAGACUGACAAAAGAAAAAAACCAGAAGAGGAAAAUAACCAAAAUAAGAAAUGAAACUGGAGACAUUACAACAGAUCCAACUGGGAUAAAGAGAAUCAUAACAAUACUAUGAAAAACUGUAUCUAACAAAAUUUAAAACCUAGAUGAAAUGGACACAUUCCUAGAAACACACCUAAACUACCUACCUAAGCUAACACAGACGUUGAGUAUCUAAACAACCCAAUUAUAAAAUGGGCAAAGGACAUGAACAGAAACUUCACCAAAGAGGAUAUUCAAGUGGCCAACAAACACAUGAAGGGAUGCUCACAAUUAUUAGCCAUUAGAGAGAUGCAAAUAACUACAAUGAGAUAUCAUUUCACCCUGGCUAAAAUGGCACUGAUUUAACAAAAAAAAAAUGGUGAGGAUGUGGUAAGAUUGGAACCCUUACUCAUUACUGAUAUGAUUGUAAAAUGGUACAGUCACUAUGGAAACUGGUAUGGUGCUGCCUCAAAAGCUAGAAAUAGAACUAUUUACCAUGAAGUCAGUUCCAACUCAUAGCAACCCUACUGGACAGAGUAGAAUUGCCCCUUCAGGUUUCCAGGGAGUGGCUGUGGAUUUGAACUGCCGACCUUUUGGUUAACAGCCAUUGCUCUUAACCACUGCACCAC